UGAUAGUCAGCGGCGCGCGCGCACAUUGCAAGUGUAGUGAUUGCCCAGCAUAGGACUUUAGUGCUGAUAUUUCCAAGUUCAUUGUUUUCAGAUAUAAAAGUAGUGCAACGUAGUGAUCAUUUGGAAACAUAAUAAAUAAUAAAAUGGACAUAAUAAACCGAAUAGUCGACGGUUAUCAUGACCUCAUGGACAACAAAAGUGACCAGAGAGUGAAAGAUUGGUUCCUAAUGUCUUCACCUUUCCCCACAUUAUGCAUCUGUCUCACAUAUGUUUUCGUAGUAAAGGUAAUAGGUCCACAAUUUAUGAAAAACCGGAAGCCCUUCGACCUAACACGCGUGUUGAUUUGGUACAACCUAUUUCAAGUAAUCUUCAGCGCAUGGCUGUUUUACGAAAGUGUGCUCAGUGGAUGGUUCUGGUCUCAUAGUUUUAGAUGCCAACCCGUAGACUACUCUAGAACUCCACAUGCUAUGAGAACAGUAGCUGGUUGUUGGUGGUAUUACUUCUCGAAGUUUACAGAAUUCUUCGACACGUUCUUCUUCAUAUUACGGAAGAAGUUUGAUCAUGUAUCGAAGUUGCACGUCAUUCAUCACGGCAUCAUGCCUAUGUCUGUCUGGUUUGGAGUCAAGUUCACACCUGGCGGUCACUCGACGUUCUUCGGAAUGCUGAACACGUUCGUACAUAUCGUUAUGUACUCGUACUACCUCCUGGCAGCCCUAGGUCCUAAGGUUCAGAAGUACCUCUGGUGGAAAAAGUACAUCACAGUAAUACAAAUGAUUCAGUUCGUGCUGGUGUUCUUACAUGCCUUCCAACUUCUCUUUAUCGACUGCGACUACCCCCGAGCCUUCGUCUGGUGGAUCGGAAUGCACGCUGUCCUCUUCUACUAUCUAUUCUCUGAUUUCUAUAAACAGGCUUAUCUUAAGAAAGCCAAGAGGGCGAAAGCUGCAGAAAACUUAAUAGCGGAAGAUAAGUCAGACUCAAAAGACAGAGUUUUGCCUCUUCUCAAUGGCUUCAGCAAUGGAUCCACGCUGGGUGAUGUUCGGCAAAGAGUGGCAGGCGCUGUUGCAUCACAAUAGAUGUUAUUUGUUAAUAAAAUACCACCUACCUUAUUCGGGGAAACACUUGCAAUCUCAAAUAAGGAAAGCUCAAUUAGUUAAGGGAUAGUUUACUUUGCCUCAGAUGUUAGACGACGAUCGACGAUGAAAAUAUUAAAAGAAUGUGGUACAAAGCUUUCGAUGCGACUAUUAGGCCAGUAAAUCAAAACCUAUCUCAAAUUGAGAUAAAAUAGUUGUCAGGGACAAAACUACUUAUAAAUGUAAGCUAUGGUAUAAGGGCCUCAAGGCGGCUCCCUCUAAUCGGUUGUUAGCUUUUUUAAAGAAUGUUCAAUGGUUUUAAUGAAACUAUGUAUGUUUUAUCAAUAGGAAAGAUACAAGGCGUUUUAAUAGUUACAGGAUAUCGCCAAAAAAUUAUACUGUCUUUGGUUUAUGUAAGUAAAUUAAAAAUCUUGAUCUGAAAAAUUUUCUUCAACGAAAGUAAACAAGAAUUUAUUAAUCCUGUGGGACCACCACAAUAGCUGAUAAGAUUCAUUGCUAAGUGUUAAGAAGUUUUACAUAAUUAUCAUAAAAUGAAUAAUUUUUCCAUCUGAUUUUCGUAUUAUUAUUUAAACCUUAUUGUGAAAUUUCUGGAAAUUAUCUAAGAAUGAGGAUAUUGUUCAAGGAUAUUGAAAUUACUAAAUACUUAUAUAAUAAUAAUCAUUAUUCUCACAAAUGCAGAUUUUUCCUUUAAGUUUCCUUGUUUAGAGAAGGAAGAAGCGGUUGCAUAGGUCUUUCGUUAUUCAUCAGCUAUUAAAACUGUUUACUGUUCAUUUGGAUAAAAUUUCUAGAAACCUUUAAGGUGUGAGAGAAUCUCAGGUGUCAUAAUGUAGUGAUUGCAUUUGGUGUAAAUAUUUAUAUAUAGUAAAAGCCUCUUUUUGAAAAAUGUUUUCAUAUUAUUUAUGACAAUAUCAGACUUAGA